CCCCGUUCCCCGUCCUCCCUUCCGACCCCCUUCUCCUCAUCAUCCACCGGCCACCAUCACUCUUCGGACCUCACCGAACAUCAAAGUACUGCUGCUGUCGUAUCAUACAACCCCUUCACAGAUCACAGCCAUCAUCGACCAUCUGCCAUCUGAUGUACACAUCCACAACGUCAUCAUGAUCAAAUUCAUCCUCGUUCAAAACCGGCAGGGCAAGACGAGGUUGUCGAAAUGGUACGCUCCGUAUGACGACGACGAAAAGGUCCGGCUGAGGGGGGAGGUACAUCGGCUGGUCGCUCCCCGUGAUCAAAAGUAUCAAUCCAACUUUGUCGAAUUCCGCAACGAAAAGAUCAUCUACCGCCGUUAUGCCGGUCUCUUCUUCUGUCUCUGCGUCGACAACAACGACAACGAGCUAGGCUACCUCGAAGCCAUCCACCUGUUUGUAGAGGUCCUGGAUGCCUUUUUCCAAAAUGUCUGUGAAUUGGACCUGGUGUUUUCGUUCUACAAGGUGUAUGCGAUCUUGGACGAAGUGUUCCUCGCAGGCGAGAUCGAAGAGACGAGCAAAAACGUCGUCCUCGAUCGAUUGGACUACCUGGAAAAACUCGAAUGAACCCCCACAACCUUCUCUUAUAGAUUCCAUACGUGCAUGUGUAUAUGUAUACGCUCCGCCUGCCAUCCACUUGUAUUCGCCG